AUGGUACAAUAUCACCAGGGACUCCAGGCAACACGUGGUAAAGACGAGCAGUCUCGCUGGAAAUCUCAUGGUAAAAUGAAAGUCAGAAAGAUGAUCACACGAUUAGCGAUCUUCACCCUGGUCUGCAUCGCCUUCUACGAGAAAGCACUGACGCGACCCCAGUCCGAAAUCCCGAAAGUCUACCUGCACACUGGGACCGUCUUGGGCACUGUGGAGACUUCCCCCGGCGGGAGGCUUUACUACGUCUUCAGGAGCAUUCCGUAUGCUGAGCCGCCCGUCGGAGAACGCAGGUUCAAGGCCCCCGUGCCGGUGAGCGCCAGGAAUGGGCUGAAGAUCGGGAAUAGCUUGAACUGGUCUCCGAGCUGUCCUCAAGUCCUUAAAGAGAAGCAGUUAGAAGGUGUAAAAGAAAUAACAGGCGAGGAAGACUGUUUGUAUCUCAACGUUUUCACUCCGUCGACGCAGGAAAAGAAUUACCCCGUGAUGGUGUACAUCCACGGAGGCGCCUUCCUCACCGGGAACGCCAGCCGCUACAACCCCGAGCUCUUCCUGGACCAAGACAUUGUCGUUGUUACGAUUCAGUAUCGUCUGGGAGUUCUUGGAUUCCUGUCGACGGAGGACGAGGCGCUGCCGGGCAACCUGGGCCUGAUGGACCAGACGCUCGCUCUCCGCUGGGUACACGAGAACAUCGCUCGCUUCGGGGGCGACGUGACGAGGGUCACCGUCGCCGGCUUGAGCGCCGGCGCUGCCUCGGCCCACAUGCACCUGUUCAAUCCCCACGCGAAAGGACUGUUCUCGCGCGCCAUUCUCAUGUCGGGAUCGGCGCUGUGCCCCUGGGCCCUGAGGAAGGGCCACAGAAAGGUCGCAAUGGCAGUUGGCGAAACAUUCAACUGCCAAUCGGACCGUAAGGACGCAAGCGGCGUCGAGAGAAGCAAACUCUUGGUGGAAUGCCUUCGUAAAGCUCCUCUCAAGGAGCUCGUUUCCUCCUUCAUGGACUUCCAGGUGUGGAACAGCCUCCCGUGGGAGACGGUGCCCCGGGUGGACGGCGACUACCUGCCCGAUCACCCGGCGCGCCUCCUCGCUCAGGGGCGCUUCCAUGACGUCAGCAUCGUCACCGGAGUCAACCUCCACGAAGGGCGACUCGUCACCCAAGGUAUGUUCUCAAAUCCGAAGGUGUUCCGAGCACUGGCGACCGACUUCGACUCUGUCGCGCCCAGCGUGGCGCUGCUCUUCCAGGAGGGCGACUACUGGCCGAGGAGCCUCUCCCGCCGCGCCUUCGAGUACUACCUCGGAGGCACCGAGAUCAGCGCCAGCAGCCACGCCGACGAAGUGGCGCUCACGCAGUUGUUCGGAGACCGCUUCUUCAAGAUCCCGCACGAUGACACGUGGAACCUCACGUGGCACCAUCUUGGUCCCGGCCGCGUCUUCGCCUACGAGCUCAUGCACAACAGGGGACAGGAGUGGGUUGUGCAUCCGGCAAUACUGCAGUACCUGUUCCCUUACCCCAACACCCCUCGUCUUAAGGGCGAGGACAGACAGCUCUCUGACACGUUGCUGAAACUGUGGGUGAAUUUCGCAUCAACGGGGUAG